GUAUGGCAUAUCUGACAAUAAAGUUGACUUGAAUUGACUUGAUCAACUGAUGGUCUUUGUUGACAUCAUCUUCACGUGUGUGGGACUUUUCUCCGGGUACUACCCAGGAUCCAGAAUCAGAUUAAAUGGGCACGAAAAUAUAAAUGCGAUAGACAGAAACGUCCAGCAGGUGGCGGUAAACAUCCGCUGAGUCUGUUCGUCUACCUGACUGAGAUCAUCAAUGAAGAUCUGGAUGGUCGAUCGAGGUGUCCAUAGUUAUUUAGCUUCAUAUUUAAAAAAUAUUUUUUCACAGCAUGGCUCUCGUACCUUAUGAUGAGAACUCGAUACACGCGCUAUCUAAGCUCCACAGCUCAUCAGCUAACUUCACCUUCGCCAAUCACAGCCUCCGUCUGUCACAGGACUGGAACCAGUUGGGAGUAGCAGCAGUGGUGUGGGAUGCGGCAGUCGUCAUGUGCAUAUAUCUGGAGCUGGGACAGAUAGAACUUCCGGGGAAGGAAGUAAUUGAACUGGGAGCUGGAACUGGGCUGGUGGGGAUCGUUGCAGCCCUGCUGGGUGCCAGAGUGACCAUCACUGACAGGAAGCCCGCUCUGGAGUUCCUCUCUGCCAACGUGAAGGCCAAUCUUCCCUCAGACCUUCAGAAAUCAGUGACGGUGUCUGAGCUGACCUGGGGCCAGGGUUUAGAUGGGUACCCAGCAGGAGGAUAUGACCUGGUGCUGGGGGCAGACAUUGUUUACCUGGAGGACACAUUUGCAGCGUUGCUGCAGACCCUGGAGCAUCUCUGCUCCGACACCACCGUGGUUUUACUAGCUUGUAAGAUUCGCUACGAGAGGGACACAGGCUUUUUGAGCCUGCUCAAACAGCGGUUCUCAGUGGAGGAGGUUUAUUAUGAUAAAGAGCGGGACAUUCAUAUAUACAGAGCCCAGAGGCAACCACUGAGGAGGGAUUUGUGACCAGUCACUUCUUUAUAAUGGAACUGUCUCACUGAUGACUUCACUGUCCAUUGGUUGAUCAUUAAGAACCAAUAACACACAAGGUUCUCCUCUACUCUUUAGGUAAUCUCAGAUGAAACUCAGUUUUUAAGUCAACCUUGUUAAACAUGUUAUCAGGUAGAUAUUUGCUCUUACUUUGCCAGGACAUUUACAAAUGGCAUGUUCUGCCUAAUUCUCAAUCUUCAAUCCUGUUAGGGUAAAUGCACCUUGUAUAAUAACUAAUUUUCCUUUGAUAGGUCUUAGCCUUCCUGGGUGUUGUCAUCAGGUUUGGAGGUCAGGCACAUUUAGCAGCUGUGUCUACCCAUGGCUUUUACACAGGUAACAAAGAUAACAAAUUCAUUCAUAAACCUCAUCUUCAGAAGAUAAAUAUUGAAACUAGGACUGUUAAUAGUCAGAGGUUCAAAAGGCAUGCACAUUCAGCAGCAGUUUCAAUAUUAUCUACAUUAAGUGGUGACAUGAUUGUGAGGAUUAUUUUUUAUGCUCUUUACUGCCAAAAGUACGUUUUUAAGUCAGACAAUUUUCAUUUAGCGCAGCGUGGGAAACUUCUCCUUCUUACAAGGACUCUACAGUCACAUUGUAACCAGUGUGGCUUCAUUGUGGCUCAGGCCCAUCUUCUGUGCCAAUGGCCUGCAAUGAUUUACAACCUUAAAAAGAAUAUACCAGAAACACAUUUUAUUACCAGCUGCCAAAAUUGCUUAACUCUGACAUAAAGCACUGUAUAACACAAAGUCUGUGAAAUAAAAUCCAUGUAAAGCAA